AUGAGCGGAACUGCCGGUCCUACAGGAGGGUAUUCUGGGUCGUAUCAAUCUCGCGGACCUCCAUCCCGGAACUUCGAAGAUCGCGGCGUGGCAAAGGAUCAGAUGAUGCAGUCCUUGCGCGAGAACUCCCAGCAAGACCGUCGCGUCUAUGUGGGCAACCUGGCCUACGACGUGAAAUGGCAUCACUUGAAAGACUUCAUGCGACAGGCCGGCGAGGUCCUGUUCGCCGACGUACUCUUACUUCCCAAUGGAAUGUCGAAGGCAAGGAUUGUGGAAUACGCAACAAAGGACCAAGCGCAAAAUGCGGUCAACACGCUGAGCAAUCAAAAUCUGAUGGGUCGACUCGUCUACGUUCGAGAGGACCGUGAAUCCGAACCUCGCUUCACUGCGCCUGGAGCCUCCCGUGGUGGCUUCGACGGUGGCUUCGGCGGAGGCCGUGGAGGUUUUGGAGGCGGGCAUGGAGCUCCCGGUGGUGGUGGGCGCCAGAUCUACGUCUCCAACCUUCCCUACACCGUAGGCUGGCAGGAUCUGAAGGACCUCUUCCGCCAAGCAGCCGUGACAGGAUCUGUAAUCCGUGCCGAUGUGCACCAGACUCCCGACGGCCGUCCCAAAGGCUCCGGAAUCGUCGCGUUCGAGACUCCCGAUGACGCUCGCAAUGCGAUCCAGCAGUUCAACGGAUACGAAUGGCAGGGUCGUGCCCUCGAAGUUCGCGAAGAUCGAUUCGCCGGACCUCCCGCUGGAGCUUUCGGUGGCCGUGGUGGAUUUGGAGGAGGAUUUGGAGGAGGCAUGCGUGGUGGAUUUGGAGGUCGUGGUGGAUUUGGGGGUCGUGGAGGAUUUGACGGUGGACGUGGAGGAUUUGGCGGUGGACGUGGAGGAUUCGGAGGUCCUCCUAGCUAUGGUGGUGGUGCUCCUGGAUUCGGUGGAGGUGCUGCUCCGGGCGGUGCGCCAAACCCCUUCACUGACUCUGCGACGUCUGGAGGAGAGCGUAGUCCGAUCAUCUAUGUGCGAAAUCUCCCGUGGUCUACAAGCAAUGAGGAUCUGGUCGAGCUGUUCACCACCAUCGGCAAGGUCGAACGUGCCGAAAUUCAAUACGAACCGAAUGGCCGGUCCCGCGGUACCGGUGUCGUCGAGUUCGAUAGUGCAGAGAAUGCGGAGACCGCUAUCUCCAAGUUCACUGGCUACCAGUACGGCGGACGUCCCCUUGGACUUAGCUUCGUGCGGUACAGCACUCUCGGAAACGGCGACGGCAUGGCCAUGGAAACGGAUGCCAUCGGUGGCCUUACUCAGGAACAAAUCAUGUGA